AUGGCUCCCGGGACCUUCCGUUCCGCAGCGGCGUCCGCCGUUCAUUCCGGCGGAAGCUUCGGGGGAAACGACUCGCACGCGCAGCAGCACGCGGAUCCCGGCGGAAGCCGCAAUGCGCAGACGAGCGGGGGGGGAGUGGCGGAGAAGUACGGGCUGCUGGCGGCGGUGAUUGCGGCGCGCGGCGGGUGCGCGGUGCUGGACGGCGGGCUGGCGACGGAGCUGGAGCUGCGCGGCGCGGACCUCAACGACCCGCUGUGGUCCGCCAAGUGCCUCAUGGAAGAGGAAGCUUCUAGCCUCGUUCGCAAGGCAACCAUAGAGGGCUUCACGGCGCGCGGGCUGUCGGAGGGGCAGGCGGAGGCUCUUCUAGCGCGCAGCGUGCAGCUGGUGGGGGAGGCGCGGGACCGCUUCUGGGCGCAGCACUGCGCGGAGGCGGAGCGGAGGGGGGAGCGGGUGGAGCGCACGGAGGGCGGCGUUGAGCGCGUGGCGGGGCGCGUGAAGCCGCUGGUGGCGGCGUCCGUCGGCAGCUACGGCGCGUUCCUCGCGGACGGCUCCGAGUACAGUGGCGACUACGGUGCGGACAUGACAGUGGAGCGACUCAUGGCCUUCCACCGCCGCCGACUGCAGGUGCGUGCCAUGCCGUGCCAUGCAAUAACGUGCCGUGCCGUGCGAUGCCCUGCGUUCAUUCUGCCACACGCCAUGUUCGAGCUGCAUGUGACAUUCUUGUGGCUCCUCAUCUGCUUCUUAACUUUCACAUGCCUCUGGUAUUUCCUUGGACCUCUUCGCCUGCUCAUGCUGCCCUUUUCGUGCCACCCCUUGCUGUGCCGCCCCUUGCUGUGCCGCCCCUUGCUGUGCCGCCCCUUGCUGUGCCGCCCCUUGCUGUGCCGCCCCUUGCUGUGCCGCCCCUUGCUGUGCCGCCCCUUGCUGUGCCGCCCCUUGCUGUGCCGCCCCUUGCUGUGCCGCCCCUUGCUGUGCCGCCCCUUGUUGUGCCGCCCCUUGUUGUGCCGCCCCUUGCUGUGCCGCCCCUUGCUGUGUCGCCCCUUGCUGUGUCGCCCCUUGCUGUGCCGCCCCUUGCUGUGCCGCCUGUGCCACGCGUGGUGUGUCCCGUCCGUGUAUGCCUCUCCUGGUGGUGUGCCGUCCGUGCUGUGUGCGCCAUGGCGGGGGGAGCAGGUGCUGGCAGCAGCGGGGCCGGACAUAAUCGCCAUGGAGACCAUUCCAUGCCUAAUCGAGGCUCAGGCCCUGGUGCAGCUGCUAGAGGAGCAGGCUGCCACGGGCACAGCAGCAGUGCCGGCGUGGAUCAGCUUCAACAGCAAGGACGGCUGCACGGCGCCGUCAGGAGACCUCUUCUCUGCCUGCAUCGCCACCGCCGCUGCCAGCCCGCACGUGGUGGCCGUGGGGAUCAACUGCACACCGCCCCGCUUCAUCCUGCCACUGCUGCAUGCCGCUCGGAAGGCUAGACUGCUAUUUUCUCUGUGCGGCAGAGCGGGUCGUGCGAUUGCAGCGGUACACUCUGGCAGCCUCAGCAUUUAUGUGUCCCACUCUGCACUCUUCUCCGCUUCCCUCUCCAUUACCUCCUCGUCCAACCAUCAACUCUCACCUCCCAUCCCCUCUUUCUUGACCCCCCUCCUUCCGUCCCUGUGUGCCCGCAUGGCAGGAGACAUCGAAGCCACUGGUGGUGUACCCCAACAGUGGGGAGGCGUGGGACGGCAUCAACAAGGAAUGGGUGGUGCGUGUUUUGCCCUGAUCCACUCUGCGCCUCUCCACUAUUUUCUGCUCUGCUUUGCUCUGUUCUGCUGUGCUUUCCCCUUCUCUACUGCUGCAUACUGCUUCAUCACCCACCGAUCCAUUCGCCCCACUCUUCGCCCGUCCCGUGAGCCCUGUGAUCAUGGGCUGAGCGACGAUGGCUUUGUGUCGUACGCCCCUGAGUGGGUGAGCGCUGGGGCGGCAGUGCUGGGCGGUUGCUGCCGCACCACACCACACACCAUCUUCAGCAUUGCCGAAUGCAUUCACUGCCGUGGAGAGAAAGGGGUGUGGGGGAAGAGAGUGGGGCCUAUCGUAGUUCGCACAGACACAGAAGUAGACGCAGCUGUUGCGAUAUGA